AUGUGGCGCGAGACGGUUAUUGACCCGAGAGUUCGGCAACCUUGUGGGCGAGUGGUUGGCUCCCUGAAGAGCAAACAGCAGUCUGGCGGCUACAUCUUCUUCUCCUUGAUUCAUGGUCCGGAGUACCACGCUUCGCAAGUGGCAAACGUUGUUUUGAUUGCGAGGAAACUCGGUGGGAAAAAUGGAGGCGGAUCAAGGCUGCACGACCCCAGAGCACCCGGAGUACCGAAUUCCGGCGUCGCUACUGCCUCCGACGAUGCCGAGGAAGUGCGGGCAGAGAUGAGGGACCCGCCGAAAAAUGACUACCUCAAGUUGCCGGAGGUUGAGGCCUUCCUAGCCGGAUUGGAAGCUCAUUGCGGACAUGUUCAUGGAGCUUGUUGA